GUUGUGGAGCGCGCCAAACACGGCCACCAACAUUAUACGUAGAGUGGAAGUGCUGCUCAAAACUCUAAAAGUAUUUCACCUAGCUUGGAGCUAAAGUCACAAUAAACAGGACACAUGACUUCUACAAGUAAAGUGCCGUUACAGGCCAGAAACUUACCGUGGGUUGAAAAAUACAGACCACAGAAACUUGAUGAUCUCAUCUCACACAAAGAUAUUCUAAGCACCAUCAAGAAGUUUAUCAGUGAAGACAAGCUUCCCCAUCUCUUGUUCUAUGGCCCACCUGGGACAGGCAAAACCUCCACUAUCCUCGCCAGUGCCAGGCAGCUCUACAAGGACAAAGAGUUCACCUCCAUGGUGUUGGAGCUAAACGCGUCAGAUGACAGAGGUAUUGAUGUUGUACGAGGUCCUGUUCUAAGUUUUGCCAGCACCAGGACCAUCUUCAAGAAGGGCUUCAAGUUGGUGAUACUGGACGAGGCCGAUGCCAUGACCCAGGAUGCCCAGAAUGCAUUGCGGCGAGUGAUUGAGAAGUAUACAGAAAACACUCGAUUCUGUCUGAUCUGCAACUACCUGUCCAAGAUCAUCCCAGCUCUGCAGUCUCGAUGCACCAGGUUUCGCUUCGGCCCGCUGUCCCCGGACCAGAUGAUCCCUCGGCUGGAGUAUGUGGUCCAGCAGGAGAGUAUUGACAUAAAUCCAGGUGGAAUGAAAGCCAUUGUGACCCUAUCAUCAGGCGAUAUGAGAAGAUCGCUCAACAUACUGCAGAGCACCAGCAUGGCGUACGGGAAGGUCACAGAGGACACAGUGUACACCUGCACAGGUCAUCCCCUCCGCUCAGAUAUAGCCAACAUCCUCGACUGGUCCCUCAACAAAGACUUCACCUCAGCGUACAAGCAAAUCCUUCAGCUGAAGACUUUGAAAGGUUUGGCCCUGCAUGAUAUCCUCACAGAGAUCCAUCUGCUCAUACACAGAGUGGAUUUUCCUCCAGCUAUACGGAUUGGUCUGCUCAUCAAAUUGGCUGACAUCGAACACAGGAUCGCCUCAGGAACCAACGAGAAGAUCCAGCUGAGCUCCAUGGUCGCAGCUUUCCAGGCCGUGAGAGACUUUGUGGUCAGUGAGGCCUCCUAGAUACAGGAACACGCUUUACCCCACAAUACAACUCUGUCUCUUGAAUGCAAACCACUGGUGGAGAGAAACACUUUUACCAAUUCCUUGGUGACUACCAACACGGAUCAGUACACUUUUCAUGUUGAGAAAUGGGUGGCAUCACUUGAGUUUGCUUAUUUAGAACGAAAACAGAUGCCCUUAAGUGUCUACUGCAUGAUUGCCCACCACUGCUCCACUGAGUUGAUGUUCAGCGAAGAAACAAAUGCUUGCAGCCAUCUGAGUCACUCACAUCUGCAUACAAACUGAGCAAAAAUGGAAGGCAGUCAUUUGUAAUGCUAGUAACUAAAAAAAAAAAAAGUAUCCUUUGGCCACUUAAAA